UACCAUUGCUUUUUGUUAUGCAACAUUAACUUCUUAAUAGAUAGACAUAAAAAAAUGUCAUAAAAAUGAUUAACUUUCCGCUUUAAAUAUCAGUUUAUAAUUUCAUUUGAAACGGAAACCAUGUAUCAUCGUUUUGCUCUGUUUUGUAUCCUGUUAUUUUAUUUCUUCAUCAGCGUAUUGUCCUUUAAUUAUACUAAUUGUGACCAAGCCAAGCACCCAAAGUUUAUAAGCUCAUGUUGUAAUGUCCAAAAAAAUAACAAGACGAUAAAGGAAUGUCGGAAGUCCUUAUUAGCCAAUAAUUCAACUUCCACUAAAUCAGGUUCAGCCAAUCUCAGAUCGGAUAAAGUAGCUUUAAAUGCGUGCAUAGCUGAAUGUUCCUUUAAGGCCAAUGGAUUUUUGUUGAACAAUGGCACUGUCAACGUGACUGCUUUACAAAAAAGCUAUCAGCAGCGCUACAAAAACGAUCCUGCCACAUCAAAACUAAUGGUUAAAAGUGUCGCACAAUGUGCUAAAUACGCCCAAGAACAGGUUCAGCAAUCCGAGUGGAUGCACACAAAAGGUGACUGCAACUACUAUCCGGCUACCUUGUUGGCCUGCAUCAUGGAACAGGUGUAUGUCAACUGUCCCACCACCAAAUGGAAGAACACUGACGACUGUGCAGCUAUGCGGAAAUAUUUAAUGGAUUGCGAUGAUGUCGAGCGCAAAAAAUAAAAAAAAUUGUUUUUAGAUAUUACCAGUA